AUGGCCCUUGCACAGAACUGGCGUCGGCGCGGCAAGUUCAGCGAAGUCGCUUUCAUCUUCCCCAAUGCGCCCAACAUCCCCAUCACGAACUUCGGUAUGGCCAUGCCCGGCUGGUACGACAUUGCUCACCUGGGCCGCGAUCUCGACUUCCAAGACAACGCCCGAAACCAAGAUGAGCCUGGUAUCCUCCGAUCGCGCGAUUACUUCAACUCCCUGAUCAAGCAGGAAAUGGACAAGGGCAUCAAGCCCUCGCGCAUUGUGCUGGGUGGAUUCUCACAGGGCGGCGCCAUGUCCGUGUUCUCCGGUAUUACUGGCAAGGAGAAGCUCGGCGGAGUGUUUGGUCUGUCAUGCUAUCUCUUGCUGAGCGACCGUAUCAAGAGCUUCAUCCCCGAGGACUGGCCGAACAAGAAGACGCCUUUCUUCCUGGCGCACGGCGAGGAUGACGAGGUUGUUAAGUUUGCGUAUGGUGAGAAGUCGGCUGAUAUGUUGAAGGAGAUUGGGUUGGAGGAUGUUUCGUUCAAUGUCUACUCCGGUCUUGGUCACAGCGCGGACCCAGUCGAGAUUGACGAUCUUGAGAAGUUCCUGGAGAAGACGAUCCCUGCCGAGGGCGAUGGUAAGGCGACGGCCGGAUUAUGA